UGUAAUUAUUCAUGUUACAAUAUGAAAAUAAGAAUUUAUUUAUAUCUUUGCAGAAAAUAUUGAAUAUAUCCGUCGUGCGCAGACACUCGGCGACGGUGUAUAAACGAAUGCGGAGCUGAUCUGCGCGGUUUGCGACAAGACUGACAAGCUGUCGAGGUGCUCGCGUUGCUAAGUCGUCUUCUACUGCACCAAGGAACACCAGAAACGCGACGGGAAACGCCACCGGGAGUUUUGCGCGACUCACCCCGUGGCCGUCGCGUCUACGGAGGAGUCGUUCUCUGCCACCUCUGCUACCUCCGCUACUUCUCUGUCGCUAUCGUCCUCGCGAACGAGCGUUUUGACCCAAGAUCGGUGAGAUCGAGAUCCCGUCCAAGCGGCAUCCCCUUAUCGGCAAUCGUCGAGCCUCGACUGCCUUGACAGCCUCGACUGUUCUGAGUGCGCUGGCUCCUAGCCUAAACAGAACCUCGGUCUCGGAUGCACCGUGGGACUCGAACGUCACCUCGGAGCCGUGUCGGGACGAGAAGCAUUUGGCAGAUUCUAUUGCGCGAGAAGAAAACUGAUCGAGUCAACAAGAACGGAAAGAGAAUGAGAAUCUUAAGAAGACGUCAAAUAGCGGGAAGGCAAAGAGCACGCAAAAUAACGAGGUCGAUGGCUGGACAUCGCCUAUAACGCAUGAAGAUAGUUCGGAAGACACUAUACUGUAAAAAUAAAAAAAUGGAUAUGUUUUUAAUAUGGGAUAUUAUUUUUAAUGACGAUGAGGAGAAUAAUGAGGACAAUAAUGAUUGGGAGAUAGUACACCUAAGAGAACAACAUCUAAAAAUCAAUAAUUUCUUUGAAAAUGUCGUUCUUUUUUAUUCUUUAACAGAUUUUAAAUCACAUUUUCGUGUUCAAAAAAAUACUUUUGAGCAGCUGAUACAAACUUUUGGAUUAGCGUUAUGGGACAAUGAUGAUUCUCCUAAAUUACCACCAGCUAAGCAACUUGCUAUUGCCUUAUGGAUUUUUGGCAAUCAAGAAGUUUAUAGAUCCGUUGCAGAUAGAUUUGGAGUGUCUAAAGAUACUAUAUGGAGAUGUGUUUUUAAUGUGGCUUACACGCUAGAGCAAUAUGUUCAAAAUUAUAUUAAAUGGCCAGAAGUUCAUGAAUUAAUGAACAUACAAGAAGAAUUUGCUGCUAUUAGUAAUUUUCCAGGUGUGGUAGGCGUCAUUGAUGGCUGCCACAUUCCUAUUAGUGCUCCUACUGAAUAUCCAAACAGUUACAUAAAUAGGAAAGGAUUCCAUUCUAUAUUACUGCAAGGUAUUUGUAAUCAUAAAAUGAAAUUUAUUGACGUUUUUACGGGAAUUUGUGGCAGUGUUCACGAUGCCCGAGUUUGGCGGCUAAGUGAUAUUAAAAAUGCGAUAGAUCAUGAUAGAGAUAGAUAUUUUCCACAACAUAGUCAUCUUUUAGCUGAUUCGACGUACCCAUUAUCAUAUUAUAUGCUCACUCCAUACCGUGAUAAUGGUCACUUAAACAAUAUGCAACAUAAUUAUAAUACAAAAUUAUCGAAAACUCGUGUUAUAAUUGAAAGAGCAUUUGGAAUGCUAAAAGGACGAUUUAGAAAACUAAAAUAUGUAUAUAUGUACAACACAGAAAUGAUACCACUAGUUAUACUUGCAUGUUGCAUCUUGCACAAUAUUUGCAUCGAUAAUGAGGAUGAACUAAUUGAUAUGUUAGAAAAUGGAAAUAAUAACGAUAAUCAGAUUUAUGCAGUAAAUGCUGAUGAAAAAAGAGACAUUAUUGCACAUUUAUUAUUUUAAUUAUAAUUAUUAUUUUAUACACACACAUACAAAAAACAAAUCUUUUUUAUAUAU